GUUCCGAGUCGAGUUGGCGCCGUCCGCCUUUAUCUCUAUCUCAUAGGCCAGAGUAGAGCGUUUUGCUGACUGCUGCGCGGUGGGGUUUCACUAUAAAAUCAAUAGGCUCCCCCGCAGCGGAAAAAAUGGCAGGUAGUCUUUUACACUCCUUCGCCACUUCCUUCUCUUCUUGUUCGUCUUCGUCUUCUUCCCGUCUCCUUCUCUCCCAUUCUCCUCCCUCCUUGUUCUUGACGAGCUUCCGUCGGUCCGCCGCUGUUGCUGCUCCCGGGGUUCGAUUCUCGCGUGUCCUCGCUUCUUCUUCUUCGUCGUCUUCAUCUUCUCGCUCGCCGUUGUGUUAUCGGAGAGGACAGAGGAGGCUUAUGGCGCACUCAAUUGCUCGGGCAACUCUGGGGCUCACUCAGCCCAACGCCGUUGAUGUCCCGAAGAUCGCAUUCGCUGCGAAAGAGAUCAAUGCGGUGGAAUGGAAAGGAGAUUUACUUGCGGUUGGUGUCACCGAGAAGGACAUGGCUAAGGAUGAGAGCUCGAAGUUCGAUAACUCACUUCUGAAGAAGCUCGAUUCCCAGUUGGGUGGUCUACUGAGUGAAGCCUCUUCCGAGGAGGAUUUCACAGGAAAAGCUGGUCAGUCAAUGGUGCUUAGGCUUCCUGGUCUGAGCUCCAAAAGGAUAGGCUUGAUUGGUCUUGGACAAUCUAGCUCGGCCACAUUUGCUUUCCGUGGCUUCGGUGAGGCUUUUGCUGCUGCUGCCAAGUCUACUCAGGCUAACAGUGCUGCUGUUACCCUUGCAACGACGGACAGCAUCUCAAACGACUCAAAGCUCAGCACUGCUACAGCAAUAGCAUCCGGGACUGUGUUGGGAUUGUACGAGGACACUAGGUACAAGUCAGAAGGGAAGAAACCCGUGCUUAAAUCUGUUGAUUUCAUUGGUCUUGGAAGUGGAGCUGAAAUAGAGAAGAAGUUGAAAUAUGCCGAAGAUGUCUCCACCGCUGUAAUUUUUGGGAAAGAGCUUGUGAAUUCCCCAGCUAAUGUUCUUACUCCUGCUGUACUGGCUGAGGAAGCUUCCAAGAUUGCUUCCACAUACAGUGACGUUUUCACUGCUACUAUCCUUGAUGCCAAAAAGUGUGAAGAAUUGAAAAUGGGAUCCUAUCUUGGCGUUGCUGCAGCAUCGGCAAACCCUCCUCAUUUCAUUCAUUUGUGUUACAAGCCUUCGAGUGGACCUGUAAAAACCAAGCUGGCAUUGGUUGGAAAGGGAUUGACUUUUGACAGUGGUGGCUACAACAUCAAGACAGGAGCAGGCUGUUCCAUUGAGCUCAUGAAAUUUGACAUGGGUGGUUCAGCAGCAGUUCUUGGUGCAGCAAAAGCCAUAGGUCAAGUUAAACCUCCUGGAGUCGAGGUUCACUUCAUUGUUGCAGCUUGUGAGAACAUGAUCAGUGGGACUGGUAUGAGGCCUGGGGAUGUAGUCACAGCAUCAAAUGGGAAGACAAUUGAGGUGAAUAACACUGAUGCUGAGGGCAGGUUAACACUUGCAGAUGCAUUGGUUUAUGCAUGCAAUCAGGGUGUGGAGAAGAUAAUUGAUCUGGCGACGUUAACUGGAGCUUGUGUAGUUGCUCUUGGGCCCUCAAUUGCAGGUGUCUUUACACCAAGCGAUGACCUGGCCAAGGAAGUAUUCACAGCAGCAGAGGCGAGCGGGGAGAAACUUUGGAGGAUGCCAUUGGAGGAAAGCUACUGGGAUAACAUGAAGUCAGGUGUAGCCGACAUGGUCAAUACCGGUGGUCGUCAGGGAGGAGCCAUCACUGCUGCUCUAUUCCUGAAACAGUUUGUCAACGAGAAAGUCCAAUGGAUGCACAUCGACAUGGCUGGACCCGUGUGGAACGACAAGAAGCGUGCUGCCACAGGAUUCGGAAUCGGAACUUUGGUGGAGUGGGUCCUGCUCAACUCUUCUUCAUAGACACGCACAGACAAGCAUCAGCAACUAAAAAUAAUUGCUUUAAUGGUAUGGGGAUCCAUCAGUUUCAGGAAUAAUAGAAAAUCAAAAGGGUGUUUCGAACAGCAAGGGGAAAAAAGGAAUGUUUAUGUGAGGAAUUUUAGCAUUUUCUUUUGGCGCUUUUGGGACAAGAACAGAGUUAGGACUCUGUUAUUCCUUCUGCUUGGAGUUCAUUGUGUUGCAUGCUUAAAACCGGGAAAUCGAUUCCCUUUCGACAUAGAAUUUGGUACUACAAGAACUCUGUUUCUCUUCUCAUACGAAAUGAUAAUUCAAUUCUCAACAAAAUUGGUUCGAAACC